AUGCAGACUGGUCCUGUGUCGGUGCAGGGCCCUCACCAGAGGACCCUGUUGAAGAACCUACUGAAGGACUACAAUCGUAUGGAGAGGCCGGUGGGCAACGAUUCCCACUCCCUCACCGUCUUCUUCUCUAUCAGUCUGAUGCAGAUCAUGGAUGUGUUUGAGUCUGUCUUCCAGAGCUGGUUUGACCAUUAUCUUCAGUGGAACCAAUCUGAAUACCCUGGAGUGAAAAACCUUCGGUUCACAACUGACCAGGUGUGGACGCCAGACAUCCUCCUCUAUAACAGUGCAGACGAUGACUUUGACUCUACCUUUAAGACCAAUGUGCUGGUUAACUCCAGUGGCUUCGCAGAGUAUCUCCCUCCAGGGAUUUUCAUGAGCACAUGUAACGUGGACGUACGUUGGUUCCCCUUCGACAUCCAAAAGUGUGAGAUGAAGUUUGGCUCGUGGACGUACGAUGGCUGGCUGAUGGACCUACAAAUGAAUGAGGCCGACAUCUCCGGGUACAUGUCCAACGGGGAGUGGGACCUAGUGGGAGUGCCAGGUACUCGUAACGAGGUGUUCUAUGACUGUUGUAAGGAGCCCUACCCUGACGUGACGUUCGUUGUGACCAUCCGCCGGCGCACUCUCUACUACGCUCUAAACUUGCUCAUUCCCUGUGUGCUGCUGUCCUCCAUGACCCUGCUCAUCUUCCUACUGCCUGCCGACUCUGGAGAGAAGAUCUCUCUGGGUAUCACUGUGCUGCUCUCUCUCACUGUCUUCAUGUUGCUGGUGGCAGAGAUCAUGCCAGCCACUUCAGAUUCCAUCCCUCUCAUAGGACAGUACUUUGCCAGUACUAUGAUCAUUGUUGGGAUGUCAGUCAUAGCUACAACGGUGGUGCUGCAGUAUCAUCACCAUGACCCAAACGGAGGACAGAUGCCCAAAUGGGUUAAUGUGGUCCUACUGCAGUGGGUAGCAUGGUUCCUACGUAUGAAGCGCCCAGGGGAGAGUGAUGACCCAGAGCGACCACCCUGCGCCCCCCACCUACGGCGCUGCUCCUCAAGCUCCCAGAGCGGUAGCAUCCUUAACCCUCCAGACCCCACACUCCACCAACUCCAUCCCCAGAACCUGGUCCCUCUCCAGGCUGGCCCCCAGCACUUGGGUCAUCCCCAUCUUCACGCCCAGUCCAGCACCAACAACAAUGGAAACCUGCUCUACAUUGGCUUCCAGAAUCUGGACGACCCCCCACUGCUCCCAGAUCACAUCCAGAAUUACAGCAUCUCGGCCGGGCCUCCUCGACCCUCCGCCACCCCCCACCCCCAACGCGGACACUGUGGGCUGCCCUAG